UUGAGCUUUAUAUUCAGCCAAAAAUGAGUCAAAGUUGUGCUUAUUUCCUGAUUUCAUCUUUAGUUUGUGUGUUUAUGAGGAGAUUCAAACAGGUGUGAGGAGCUGAGAGGUCCCAGGUGGCGCAUGUUGGUCGGUCGUGGCCAUUGCCGAUAGGAGUAUCUUUUUUUUUUUCAGGGUGAAGCAACGCUCAUCCGAAAAUAGUGUUGGCUGUUAGAAAGUAGGUCGAUAGGAAACGAAAGGCACGCUUGUUUCCCCGCUUUUGUCUGUGUGUUCUUUGUUGUUUUAGGCGAAUGUGUGCGUUUUUUUUUUCAGAGCCCACCCUUGUGCGGAGCGUUUUGCGCACAGGUGGGAGAAAGGCGCUCAGCAUAGGACAGCCCCCCACCUCCUGAUGAUGAUGUGAGGAAGUGACAUUUUUUCCCCCGCCGCGACUCGGGACAGCACGGCUCAUCUGCAAACAGGUGUUCCGCUCUCCGGCCCAUUCGGAGGCGUGCGCUCCAGAACCCCCCGAACCGAGCCUCGGACGCUUGACAGUAGGGGAGCAGGGAGAAGAGGAGGAGGAGGAGGAGGAAGUCUGCUCUUUAUUAGCCUGGGCCGUUUGAACGGGAUCAGACGGAGGGAGAGGGAGAGGGGGAGCAAUGGCAACGAAAAAGGCGUGCGUGGUGGAUGCGGGCAGAAGGAGCCGGAGUCCAGUCGUGCUGGAGGCUGAGAUGUUCCGAGAAUUUCAGGACUGGUGCCUCCGAACUUACGGAGACUCCGGCAAAACAAAGACGGUCACCCGGAGAAAAUACAACAAAAUCAUGCAGACACUGUUGCAGAACGACGAGUCGGACGGCGUGUACGUCGACAACAGCCACAUCAACGCCAAAUUCAAAUUCUGGGUGAAGUCCAAAGGGUUCCAGGUCGGGACCAACGUCCUGGGGGAGCACAACAAGAAAGGAGCGCCGGGAAAACCCGUUCUCUACGUCCCGGUUAAGUCAACGUGUUCCGACGGGAACUCAGCCCAGGAGAACUGCUCCCUGAAGCGCGUGGCUGUUGUCGAGGACUUCUUUGACAUCAUCUAUGCCAUGCAUGUGGAGAUGGGUGCCGACCCAGGAAGAGCACCCAAGCACGCCGGCCAGAAGAAAACCUACAAAGCAAUCGCAGAGACCUACGCCUUCCUGCCUAGAGAGGCGGUCACUCGGUUCCUAAUGAGCUGUGGAGAGUGUCAGAAGAGGAUGCACAUUAACCCCAGCGCCGCAGAGUUCAAAGAAAAUGACAGACCAUCAUCUCUGGUCCCGGACCUCAUUGAUUACAACAUGCCUCUCACUGCCACCUACCUGAAGCAAAUGAAGCUACAGUGCAUGACCACGGCGGAGAGGGAUGACAGUUCGGUGAGCAGCGAGGACAUGAACAACGCUGAGCCCACAUGGGUCGCAGCUGAUCAGCCCGCAGCGCCAGACCCGAGUCCACCUAACCGGGAGAGGAUCAGCAACCCGGCAGCCACCAUCAAGGAGGAGAAUGACGACGACUUCUCUGAGAGCGGCAGCGCCAACGGGCUGCCAGCUCUGACCUCCCCCGAGGCCCUGGGUGUUGGUAGCACCCCCCAAGAUGGUGGCGCCCCCUACGUGGAGGUGGCAGAGAAUGGCUUAAGCGCUCCCCUGGACUUCAGCACCACCUCGUCCUCGUCUUCAUCCGAAGAUCAGCAGCCCAUCAACCUGAGCGACAGAGUUUUGCCAGCAGGGAGCUCGCCCCCAAACCCGUACCCUCCGGAUCUGAGCAGGAAGCUGCCCCUCAAAACAGAGUUCACCAACAAGUCGCCUCCUUACAGCUCGGGGAGCUACGACUCAGUGAAAACUGACCUGAGCGUGAGCGCCGAGGACCUGACCUCUGCGAGGGCACAGAUGAUGGAUGAUGACGACGACGACCACGACGACCACGACGACAGCGACAAAAUCAAUGAUGCCGAGGGCAUGGACCCAGAGAGGCUGAAAGCCUUCAAUAUGUUCGUGCGUCUCUUUGUGGAUGAGAAUCUGGACCGCAUGGUCCCCAUCUCCAAACAGCCCAAGGAGAAGAUCCAGGCCAUCAUCGAGUCCUGCAGCCGCCAGUUCCCAGAGUUCCAAGAGCGCUCCCGCAAGCGCAUCCGCACCUACCUCAAAUCCUGCCGUCGCAUGAAGAAAGGCGGCUUUGAGAUUCGACCCACACCUCCCCACCUCACCUCUGCCAUGGCCGAGAACAUCCUCGCUGCUGCCUGCGAGAGUGAAACCCGGAAUGCUGCCAAGAGGAUGCGACUGGACAUCUACCCAGUGACGGAGGAGCCCAUUACUGUUGACAAAUCCGUCUCAAGGGAUGCGGCCCCUGUGGCGCCAUCAGGGUUCUCCAUCGCCAGCGCAGCUUUUGCCCAAGACCAGCUCUACACCAACGGAGGCCUCAACUACAACCUGCGGGGAUACAGCAGCAUCAGCAGCAACCAGCAGAACUCUGGUCCUGCACAAACAAACGGCCCCACAGAUUUAAGUAUGAAGUCGGUGGGACUGAACUCCUCCUCCAGCUCCAACAGUCACGGUCAGGGAGGCGGAGGCGGUGGAGCGUCGGCCCAGCUCAGCCCUCCGGAGGUGACGGCAGUGAGGCAGCUCAUUGCAGGCUACCGGGAGUCCGCGGCCUUCCUGCUCCGCUCCGCAGAUGAGCUGGAAAACCUGAUUCUGCAGCAGAACUGAGCCAAACUGUGCCAACAACUCCCCCCGCCCCCACUUCCGCCCAGUCAGCCUGUCUGUCUCUGUGCACCACACACAUUUGGCAGACUCUCAUACGCAAAGACACAGUUGUUGAAGAAUGAUCCUUCAGCGCACUGGGGGGCCUGUAGGUGUGGUACCCCUACUGGUUCCCACAGGUGUACUGGGUCGGAUUGACAGGCUGAAAACCGUUUCUUUAUGCAUUUGGCUCACUUUGACCUUAGUGCCCUGUUUUGUGUAGCCAUUAUUCACUUCAUUUUUUGCCACCAGAACCUCCAUUUGUCUCAGGAAAGCGACUUAGGUGAAAAAAGUGCAUUAGUUCACAGUCUAAGAUACUGAAUUAGCUGAACUAAUUUCACCAAACCGUCGUUUGUGCAGACCUGUGGACUAAACGCUUAGUAAGAAAAAAGAAAAAAAAGAAAAAGCGCAGUGGAUGAGCACCAUUAUUUCUUUCUAUUUUUACACUCCUGUAAAAUAUGCUGUACAGUGGCAUGAUUUGAUUGGGUUGACCGAAUCAAGUCAUUUCUAAAUUGCUGCUAAAAGAUGUGGCAGCCUGCCACUGACCUGUUAACCUCAAUGGCUCCUGCCUGAUGUGCUGACUUACUCAUGCACAGAGAAAAAUGACUCUAAAAAAACUAAAUCAAAUUAAACAUCAAGAGAAAAGCAAAACAGAACAGCAUUAUUUAUCUUUUUAUUCUCAGACUUCAACAGGAAGAACAGAUCUGUCGAAAUUGAAAUUGUGCAUGGUUGCCGUGGUUUCCAAACACUUCUUUUGUUUACUUUACUCUGAUUCUCUCCGCGCUUAGUCAUUUCCUAAAAAGGUGGAAGGCCUUUUUAUGGGUAUGCAAGUGAAGGCACCUGUCAGGGAAACUAUGAGUACAAUGCUGGAGUUUAGAACCAGUCCUACUGGAGGAAGGGGAAAAAAGGUGCAAUAUUGAUGAUAAUCAGAAAAGGUUCAGACGAAGGCAUCUUCAGAGGGUGAUGCUUCACCACAAUCCUCCACUGCUGAGACAGUCGAGUUGUAAAAAGAAAUAUCCCAUGCAGCAUUGUAGCCAAUUUCAAUGUUGUUCGUUGUGAAUACUAACCUCGUAACUGAGGCACUUUCCUGUAUUGGGAUUUGUGGUGACAAAAAAAAAGGGACCUGAUAGAAGAGUGAGACUCGGUGUUGCACGUCUUUAUUCAUUUAUUCAUCGUUUUUAUUUUUUAAUUUAAGGUGUUAAGUAUGUUAUUAUUGUUAUUUUUUUUUUUUUUAAAAAGGCACAUGCAGAGGCAUGCAGACGGUGAGGGUAGGAGGGAGGCGGCCGUCUGCCUGUCAUCUCCCUCAGAGCUCAGCGGCGUACAGCCCCUCAAUCCCAUCUCCACUUUCCUCUCAAAGUCUGAGCACACUGUUUCCGAAAAAUGCAACAGACAAUCUUAGAAAACUCGCAUCACAGUUUACUCCCCCCAGCUUUCUGCUAUGGUGUUUGCAUGGGUGUGUGUGUGUGUGUUUGAGGACACACAAAGUGAUCUAGAGCACAGUCUCACAACUUUCACGGGUGAGCACAAAACUGUUUGCUUCAUGGCUUCGUUGGUGUGCUGGUGUUGUGUUUGUGUGGAACUGGAGUUUGUACGUCAGCGGUUCGUGAGGAUUUUAAUUCAAUGUAACAAACAACGGCUCCUCAAGCGCCUGAACGCACCACAUUAAGUUCAGAAAGAUGGAUCUUUGACUUUUUUAGUUUUUCAUUCCUUUAAUCCAGAUUAUUAUUACUGUGUGCAGUUUUUUCCAUUUCAUAAUUGAGUAUUUUCAUCAGUCACAUUACACCUCUCCUGUUUAUUACAAGUUGGGAGGUACUUUAUGGCUCAGGAUCAAGGCACAAAAAUAUUCAUCACUUAAACAAAAUUAUUUAAAAAAAAAGAAGAAAAAGACAAGUUCAUCUUUAAAAUUACAACAACAAAAAACAACGUUUUAAAUUUAUCUUAGUUAAUCUGAGAGGUGUUUACAUGACAGAAGCUCAAAGGAAAGUCUGAACCGGAUCACCUGAAAGGUACACAAAAUUCAUCUGAGGUAGAUCUAAGACAAAAGAAAGUCAAACUAGAUAAAAAAACAAGAGUUACAGCUCCGACUGUGGAAGUGUUGGUUUUAUAAAGGAAAUGCACCAGAUGGGUUUGAGAAAAGACACAAACUUCUGCCUUCAGGAUUGUGUGUUUGAUAAAGAUUUAACCUCUACGAUCCCUUUCUUUCUAGGCAGCAUAACUUCUAAUCAUACAUCUAGAAAUAAUUGCAAAGAAACAGUAAAAUAGACAUAUUUUGUUAACACAUCCAAGCGUUUUUCAUCUCAUUUAUUAGGAUUCUCCAUUACUUUCCCUUCAUUUCCUUUUUUCUUAACCAGAUUUGAAAGUUUCUAGUAAAUAAAAAUACUUUCUGAAUCUGCCAGUAAGGGUUAAUAUAGGGUUUUCUGUUGCAAAACAUCAAAUACUUAUGACUUGUUCAGUCAGGGAAUACAUUUCAAGUUUAAUGCUUUUUCAAACGACAAUAUUCCAUUUUUAGAAAAUCUGCCCUCGUUAGCUAAGAAUGCAGGUUUUACCAAAUCAAAAUCAAUGUUACAAAGACUCUUUCUGCAUUUUUUGAUCAGCAUCUGGUGAAGACCAAAAAAGGUUCUGAAACAGGGUCAGAUUUUACUUUCUGGAUUAAUUUCUGUUUCUUUAAAGUCCACACCAAAGAGAUUAAUUCACCUUUACAGAUUAUUGAGGCUCUAAACGUUUUAGUACUUCCUGGUUUUCCAUUUUACUCCCCAAUCUGUGAAAAGCUAUUCGUUAACAUGUAGAGCAUCAGCCUCCAUGUUUUCUGAAGGGGUGCCUUAAGGAGACAGCGACUGAAAGUAGAUCCUAUCAGAUGGUCAGGAUGUGCUGCAGCACUGACCACUGGGUUUAUCCUUUACAAGAGCCAAACGCUGUCGCUGAAGUAAAGUCAUGAGCCCAAAAAGGUUAUUCGUGGUUCCCCGAAGUAGAAUCUGCCUGAAUGAAUCCCCCCUGUGGGCUCCAACAGAACAAGUGUGGUGGCGUCCUCCUGUCUUCCUCCAGUCUGGUUGUUUGUUUCUGUAGCCAUGGCAGAACCUCUCUGAACCCUCCUCAACAUCCACCCCCUCACAACGCUUGCUGAUCGAUGUUCCGUGUUCGCUGAGCUUACAUUGGAGCCGUGUGCUGGAGUUACUGUGACAAAUGACAACUUCUGGUUGUCAUGAGGUUGUUUUGGGGAUUUUUUUUUUCUGUUUUCUAAUGACUCCCAAUGAAUUCUUUCUCUUUCUCUCUCGUUUUUGAGUGGACAGUGUAAUCUAUUGUUGUUGAAAAUGCCCUGGUAGCUUGUGGAUUGCUAAAGUGGUCAGAUAAAUGUACUGUAUAGCUGUACAAAGAGUGAUAAACCUGUUUUUCUUUUCUCGUUUUUUUUUUUAAUGUGGGUACAGCACUGUUAAAAAAAAUCAAAGUGGUUCUAGCCCUUUGCCUGUUUUAACUUAUCAUUUUGUGAUGGUCUGUAUUACUUCUAUUGUUAUUUAAAUGAUUUGACUGGUUGCCUCUCCUGCACCGGUGAGAGACUGUGGCUCUGUGCAGGGGUUCGUACUGUAAACCUGUGUGAAACUUUGUAUUUUCCCCUUUGGUUUUGGACUCAGUGAAAGUGUGAUGUUUACAUGUACAGUUUUUCAGAAUACUUUGUGUUGUUUUGUUUUUUUGGCAUUAUAUUCAAAGGAUCCCGCCCCCCUGAUCUGUGUACAUUUACCUAGAUAUUUUUUGUCGUCGUUUCAUCGCAUCAGAUGCAGAUGUGACCUCUUUGACUCCUGCCUCGCAUGGUCGGACUGUGCCGUUACAGCUGUCUGUGGUCGGCUCAGGCGUUGUAGUGGCUUUGAGCAUUUACAAAAGAAAAAAGGAAAAAAAAGGUAACAUUAAGUAAAAAGGGGGCGUCACAACUUCUCAAAGUGGACCAGCGAAUACUUACCAAGGUUGAAGAUGACGCCAGUCGUCGGAUUCAGAAUCCUUUAGUGGCCUAAAUGGAGAACGACGGCGUGCAGAUGCAUUUAUUAAGCUUUUAAGUGCUAAUUAUCUCCUGGCGGCGAUGUCAGGGGCAGCUCCCAUUGACUCAACCGGUACCCCAAAAGGUACACUUUGACCUGUUGUUCCAUCUCCUCGGUAACACAAAAGCCAUUCCCCUCUCCUGGCCUUUUAAGGGGAACCCAUAAACCUCAGGAAAUAGUGAAUCUCCAAGUUUAGUUUUAUCCACUAAUUUCUUCUGAAAUUAGAAUUAAGUCUCUAACAAAAAAACCAUUAACAUUUAUAUGAGAUGUCUAUUGUUUUGUACAUUUAUCAUUGUGACUAAAGUGGAGCUUUUUCCAGUACCUGUGACUUAAUAUUUUUCCUUUUUUAUUUCCUCCUUUUUUUUUUUCUUUUUUUUUUGGAGUGUUUAUAAGUAUGGAUAUGUAUUAUUAUAUGUGAAACAACAAAAAGACAAAAGAAAAGGUUUGACCUGUUUCAUUUGUAUGUUUCAUGCAAAACUGUCCAGGUGAGAUUUUCUCUGCCUCUUACAUAUCACUAUUGAGGGACCUGUGUUUGUUUGGAAAUGGCGCUUUUUCAGUGUUGCAUCAACGCUAUGACAAAAAAGACAAAAAACAGAAAAAAUAAAUAAAAAGUGGUUUACCAACAGCAGAGUUAAAAAGCUCUCCUCUUCUCCUGAGAUGUCAGUAAUUGAAUAAAAUAGUGCGAUGAGCUAUCAAACUCAGA